AUGGCCGUCUUCGAGAGCAGUGCAGUCCCGCCUCCCCUCGCUCGUGUCAUGCGCGAGUUCGAGGAGCUCGUCAAGAGCUUCGAGACUGGCCUGCUGCGGUCGCUAGAGGACCACGGCCACGGCCUGGCUGCCAAGGGCAGUAGUCCGCGCGACGACGUCCGUCGCGAGGCCUGCCGACUCGCCAUCUCCGACCUCAGCAGCCAAUACACACCCAAGUACAUCCGCCGGUCGCUCGAUGCAGCCGAGCUCGAGGGAAAGCGUGUCGAGGACCAGCUGCAGACCCUCUCGCUCAGCGGACAUGCCCAAGACGACGAGAGCGACCUGGGCAGCCUGCACAAUGGCUACUUCCGCCUCUACUCCACAGAGCUGUUCGACUUGCUCGGCCAGCCCACCGACUUGCGCUUCGGCACCCUGCGCUUCCACAAGGACAACCUGAACCACCACGAGAUGCCCUCGCAACCACACUCCCCUUCGCCUCACGUCACCAUCGAACUCGCUCUCAACGAGUCCUUCUUCGUUGCCGACUCGGAAGAGACGCUCCCCUACCACACGUUCCGCCUCCCCACAACACCUUCGCUACGGAAUCGCGGCAUACGUAGCAGGAAGUUUGACGAGGAAGGUACUUUCCCAGAGUACGACUCGUGGCUGCUCUUCACUUUUCUCGGUAACGGCUGCAUCAAACUCGAGGUGCCCAUCGAGAUGUGCGCAGACGUCUACGGAGGUAGUCUGCGCGGACGGGAGAAUCAGGAAGUUCUCUUUUGGGGAUUCUUCGUAGACGACGACGAAUAG